GCUGCUGGGCUACAGCAAAUGUAGCAAAUCAUAGUCAGGAACUUGAGUUUUUACCAAAUAUUAUUCUCUCCCAAAUAUCCUAAUAGUUUAAUGGCCAAACUGAUUUGCAACCCACCUUUAGACUUCCCUCUCCCUAUUUCAUAAUUCUUUGUGAUACCAGAAGUUUUUGAGGGCUCUGUCUGUGUGUGAGGAAAAUAAUUCCUCACCUGGCUUCCCUUGGCCAACCAUGGGUGGGUCAGGAUUUUAAAUAAGCAGGAAAAGCCUUUGCCUGGGGGAGUGGGAUCUCAAGAAAGGCCGUCCUGCAUUCCCAAAAAUAUUUUGGAGGGUGCAUCACAAAGAGCUGCUUCCACUGGGAGAAGGAGAAAUGAAGUGAAAUGAAAAUAUGCCUGAAAAAAAAGCAAAUGCAGCAGGGACUGAGCACAUCCCUUGGAGUAGAGAAGAGGCCAAAAAAAAAAGACACAAAGAACAAUUUGUGAAGCUCUGAGACAGUGGCAAAGGAUAAAAAUCACUUUUCAGAGAGGAAGCAUUUGCCUGUGUAGGUGUGGAGAAGGAUGCUCAGACAGAGCAGGAAUUUGUCUGGCUGGAAGGAGCCUUUCUGGAAGAUGAAAAUGCAUUUUUAAAAGUCAGAGUGAAGCUUCUCCUGGGGAGAGUGAAGACCCAUUUCAGUUGUGUAGAGGAUCCCACAGGCACAUAAAUGCAGUAUCUCAACGUAAAAGAAGAUUGCAAAGCCAUGGCUUUCUGUGCAAAAAUGAGGAGCACCAGGAAAAAUGAGCUCAACCUGGAAGCUCAACACCAGGGGCUGGAAAUCCUCUUCUACCUGCAGGACAAAGCCCCCAUCUGUUACUCCAGCGGCGAGUUCACCUCGGAGGAGCUGUGCAUUGAGGCUGCCCAGAGGUGUUCUGUGUCCCCUCUGUGCCACAACCUCUUUGCUCUGUAUGAUGAGAACAAAAAGCUCUGGUAUGCACCAAACCAGGUCUUCAAGGUGGAGGAAAAAUCAUCCUUCAGGCUCCAUUAUCGCAUGAGAUACUAUUUCACCAACUGGCACGGGACCAGCGAGAGCGAGCCCUCGGUGUGGAGGCACUGCCCCAGGAGGGCCAAGGCCUAUGACAAGAAGCUGGCCCCAGAGGGGACCCCCAUCCUGGAUGCUGAUUCCCUGGAAUACAUCUUCGCCCAGGGCCAGUAUGACCUAGUGAAGGGCCUGGCACCCAUCCGAGACCCCAAAAACGACCAGGAGGUCCAUGAGAUUGAGAAUGAGUGUUUGGGCAUGGCUGUCCUGGCCAUCUCCCACGAUGCCAUCAAGAAAAACAUGAAACUGCCAGAGCUUCCCAAGGACAUCAGUUACAAGCAUUAUAUCCCUGAGACUCUGAACAGGACCAUCAGGCAGAGGAAUUUCUUGACCAGGAUUCGGAUCAAUAACGUUUUCAAGCAUUUCCUGAAGGAGUUCAACAACAAAACCAUCUGCAACAACAGCGUCUCCCCGCGGGACCUGAAGGUGAAAUAUUUAUCCACCAUGGAGAUCCUGACCAAAUAUUACGGGGCAGAGAUCUUUGAGACCUCGUUUUUGCUGAUUUCUGCUGAGAAUGAGAUGAAUAAAUUCAAUUGUGGAGACAACGAGAAGUACGAAGUGAUGGUGACGGGCAACAACGGCAUCCAGUGGAGGCUCAAGCCAAGUCCUGUCCCGACAGAGAAAGAGAAGAAGAAAAAAUCCGACGGCAAAAGCAAAAAGGGGGAAGAGAAGCACAGACUUGGGGAGACGUGGAACAGCUUCUCCUAUUUCCCUGAGAUCACGCACGUGGUCAUCAGGGAGUGCACGGUCAGCAUCAACAAGCAGGACAACAAGAGGAUGGAGCUGAAGCUGGGCUCGCACGCCGAGGCGCUGUCCUUCACCUCGCUGGUUGAUGGCUACUUCAGGCUCACGGCAGAUGCCCACCACUACCUGUGCACAGAUGUGGCUCCUCCUCUCAUCCAGCACAACAUCAGGAACGGCUGCCACGGGCCCAUCUGCACGGAAUAUGCCAUCAACAAGCUGAGGCAGGAGGGCAACGAGGUGGGGAUGUACGUGCUGAGGUGGAGCUGCACCAACUUCAACCACAUCCUCAUGACUGUGACGUGCCUGGAAGGCUCAGAGGUGAUGAAUAACUCAUGCCCCUACAAGAACUUCCAGAUCGAGGUGAAGAAAGGGGGCUACUUCCUCCAUGGCUCCAACAAAUCCUUUGCAUCCUUGAAAGACCUCAUGGAUCACCUGAAGGGACAAAUCCUGCGCACGGACAACAUCAGCUUCACCCUCAAGAGGUGCUGCCAGCCCAGACCCAGAGAAAUCUCCAACUUGCUGGUGGCAACCAAGAAGGCCCAGGAGUGGCAGCCAGUGUAUCCCAUGGGGCAGCUGAGCUUCCACCGGAUCCGCAAGGAGGAGAUCGUGCAGGGAGAACACCUGGGAAGAGGGACCAGGACCCAGAUUUACUCAGGGAUGCUCAGCCUCAAGGAUGACGAGAACGAAGGGUAUCAGAACGAAAGGGAGAUCCGAGUCCUGCUCAAAGUCCUGGACCCCAGCCACAGAGACAUUUCCUUGGCAUUCUUCGAGACAGCCAGCAUGAUGAGACAGGUGUCCCACAAACACAUCGUGCUCCUGCACGGCGUCUGCGUCCGGGACCUGGAGAAUAUCAUGGUUGAAGAGUUUGUUGAAUGUGGACCUCUGGAUCUGUUCAUGCAUAAGAAAAGUGAAGUUCUCACAACCCCAUGGAAAUUCAAAGUGGCCAAACAACUUGCAAGUGCCCUGAGCUACCUGGAGGACAAGGAUUUGGUGCAUGGCAAUGUGUGCACCAAGAACAUCCUGCUGGCCAGAGAGGGCAUUGAUACUGAGUAUGGGCCUUUCAUAAAGCUCAGUGACCCAGGAAUCCCCAUCACGGUGCUGUCCAGGCAAGAGCGCGUUGAGCGGAUCCCCUGGAUUGCACCUGAGUGUGUUGAGGAUUCCAAAAACCUCAGCAUUGCUGCAGACAAGUGGAGUUUUGGUACAACCCUGUGGGAAAUCUGCUAUAAUGGAGAAACUCCACUGAAAGACAAGACCUUAGCAGAGAAGGAGAGGUUCUACGAGGGGCACUUUGUGCUGGCCACGCCAUCCUGCAAGGAGCUGGCAGACCUGAUGAAGCAGUGCAUGAACUAUGACCCCCACCAGAGACCCUUCUUCAGGGCCAUCAUGAGGGACAUCAACAAACUGGAGGAGCAGAAUCCUGAUAUUGUCUCGGAGAAGAAACCCGUCACCGAGGUGGAUCCCACCCUCUUUGAGAAGAGGUUCUUGAAAAGAAUCCGGGAUUUGGGGGAGGGCCACUUUGGCAAGGUGGAACUGUGCAGAUAUGACCCAGAAGGUGACAACACCGGGGAGCAGGUGGCAGUGAAAUCCCUGAAGCCGGAGAGCGGAGGGAAUCACAUCGCUGACCUCAAGAAGGAAAUUGAAAUCCUGAGGAAUCUUUAUCACGACAACAUCGUCAAGUACAAAGGGAUUUGCACAGAAGAUGGAGGAAGUGGGAUUAAACUCAUCAUGGAAUUCCUUCCCUCUGGGAGCCUGAAGGAGUAUCUCCCACGGAACAAGAACAAGAUCAAUCUCAAGCAGCUGCUCAGAUACGCAGUUCAGAUCUGCAAGGGCAUGGACUACCUGGGCUCCUGUCAGUACGUGCACCGUGACCUGGCAGCGAGAAAUGUCCUCGUGGAGAGUGAGAACAGGGUGAAGAUUGGGGACUUUGGGCUCACCAAGGCCAUCGAGACGGAUAAGGAAUAUUACACCGUCAAGGACGACCGCGACAGCCCCGUCUUCUGGUACGCCCCGGAGUGUUUGCUGCAGAGCAAGUUCUACAUCGCCUCCGACGUGUGGUCCUUCGGGGUGACGCUCUACGAGCUCCUCACCUACUGCGACUCCGAGUCCAGCCCCAUGGCAGAAUUCCUGAAGAUGAUCGGCCCCACGCAGGGACAGAUGACGGUGGCGCGGCUCGUGCGGGUCCUGCAGGACGACAAGCGGCUGCCACGGCCACCCACCUGUCCUGAGGAGGUGGAUCAGCUGAUGAGGAAGUGCUGGAUCUACAAACACGACGAACGCACCACCUUCCACAACCUGAUCCAAGGAUUUGAAACAAUUAUGAGUAAAAUGUAAUUAAUGUUUUUUAAUCCUGUCAGGACUUUAAAUGCCCAGCAAACUAUCUAUGCCCAAGGCUAUUCCUUGUUUUUUUUUUACUCCUGUAAUUUGUACUCUGGCUGGGCUGAUGUGGUUAUACAGGAUUCUUUUGCCAACAGAUUGAAGAGUUGGAUUAAAAGAAUUUAAAAUGUUUGGGCGAAAUGAGCUCCAGCUCCCUUUGCUGCUGGUCUUGCAGGGCAAUGUUAUCCUGCUCUGAUUCUGGUUGUGCCACAUUUGCAAUUGCCCUGAUGGAUGAUGUGAGCUGGGAAAACCCCAGUGCAUUUCUCAGCUCAGACCUCAGCCAGUGGCUGUAAGAGGGCUCAGUUAAUAAUUUUAAAGUCAGCUGACAAAAUAUACUUCACAUGCACUUAAAUCCUAGUAACAAACAAAACAACUUUGGCAUAAAAAUAUAGGGGGAGCAAAAUUUUCAGCUCUUUUUAAACCCACCAGGCCCCAGUCCUGAGCUCUUACAGGUAUUUAAAAAAAAAAAAAAAGUGUUCAAAAAGUAUCACCCCAGAAGCAUAGAGGGGUAGGCAGAGUUGUGCAUUUCAGUUAGAAGCCCAAUUUUGGGAUAAAUAAUUUGCUUUUCCUAACUCCACUGCCACAUUCCUCCCCCCCAAGCUCCCAGCCUGGGUGCACCCCUGGAGGGGGUGAAUGUGCAUCCCUGGUGCUGAGGGAUGUGCAGGGAAGGAAUUCAUGGAGCUGGGAAGGAACCCAGUCCAUGCCCAGAACCUGGAGGGGAUUAUCCAAAAGGAAAAAGGCCUGAGCACCCAGGGUGGCCUAGGGAAUGGGAAACCCUCCCAACAAUUUUUUUUAAGAACAUUUUGACUCAGCCCAUGAGUGGUUUAACUGGAACCUUCUGCUGCCAUAAUUUUUCCUUCCACACCUGGAGUUGGAAAAUGCUCUGAAGAGAUACUCAAGUUUUGGCAAUAAUAGAAAGAGGUAUAUAUAUAUAUAUAUAUAUAUAAAUAUAUUAAAAAAAUGGCAAUUAUGAGCUCCAAGGAGGUCAGAUUUAUUUUUACAGUGUUAUUGUUUCUGUAUGUCACUUGGGAAGCUGAAUUUAAUCUGUAAGCACUUUGUUACUCUUUAUACAAACAAGUCUAAUAAAUUUUUUUUUCUCCA